CCAAACUCUCCAUCAGCAGCAGCAGCAUCCAGCAACUUCACAUCUACAGUCAGGAGCAGCAAACAUGACCAUCAACACAAUCGGUCAGGAUGGAGUGCAAAAACAACAAAUGCCCUGCUUGACUAAGAUGGAGCGCAUGAUCAUAUCCAUGCAGGACCCAGAUAUGGGCAUCAAAAUGCGCAACCAGCGUCUCCUUAUUACAGUUAUACCGCACGCAAUGACUGGUAUGGACAUAAUUGAUUGGCUGAUUAAGAAGUUCACUAUUUCUGAUGAAGAGGCACUGCACACUGGACAGCUUCUUGUGAAAUAUGGUUACAUCUACCCCUUAAAAGAGCCCAGAAACCUUAUUCUGAAAUCUGAUGAUUCACCAUAUCGUUUUCAGACACCAUACUACUGGGCUUCAACGCGCUGGCCAGCAUCAGAGCUGGAUUAUGCAAUCUACCUGGCAAAGAAGAAUAUCCGAAAACAAGGAGAGCUGAUUGAGUAUGAAAAGGAGUGCUAUAAUGCUUUACAUAAACGGAUCAACCACACCUGGGACUUUGUUGUGAUGCAGGCAAGAGAGCAGCUCAGGGCGUCAAAACAGCGUCGGAAAGCAGACCGUUUAGUGCUGGAGUGUCAAGAGCAAGCCUACUGGCUAGUGAACAGACCACCUCCGGGGGUGCUGGACAUUCUGGAUAGCGGACCGGAGAGAUGGAUGAAUACUAGAGUGCAACUGAACACAGAAUUCUACAAAAAAGAGAUUAAACACAACAGAAAAAGCCUGGGCAGAAAUCGCAUCAAAUCCUCAAUUUGUCUUGAGAGUUAUGUUAAAUACUGUGAGCAGUAUCAGCCUCAUGACCCCAUAAUGCAAGGAUGCCUUCCCAGCAACCCCUGGAUCACAGAUGAUGUCACGUUUUGGACCAUGAACUCUGACACGGCCGCUGUGCCGACUACACUGCGUGUGGAGAGCUGGAGAUUUAGUUUCAUGAAGCUGCUUAAUGAUCCAUUGGGCAGAAAAGAGCUGAUGAUUUAUCUGGAGAAAGAAUUCAGCGCGGAGAACCUGUGUUUCUGGGAGGCUUGCGAAGACGUUCGUCAUGGAGAAACCUCAAAGAUUCCUGAGAAAGUGGAGGAGGUUUACAAGCAGUUUCUGGCCCCCGGUGCGAGUCGAUGGGUAAAUAUUGACAGUAAGACCAUGGAGAAAACUCUUCAAGGACUCAAGCAGCCUCAUCGGUUUGUUUUGGACGAUGCCCAGAUGCAUAUUUACUUCCUCAUGAAAAAGGAUUCGUACCCACGGUAUCUCAAAUCCGAACUCUACAAGAGUUUAUUAACUCGAGCCGUAGUACCGCAGGAGACCAAGAAAAGCGUGUUCCCGUUCACCCGUCGGCAGCGGUAUUCCAGUCCCUCCCCUGCGCUCGCAACCCAACCGGCAGAGAAUGAUGGGAAGCCAAAAAACUCCAACUCUUUCAAAAGCAAUUCUGGAAUGGCAUCCCGGUUAUAAACAUGCAUUGUUGUCUUGUUUUAACACAUUUCUGCUUUUAAUGUGCAUGAAACAAAUGUUUGUUAUUAUUUAAAGAGAAUGCUCAGUGUACUCAUCUAUUCAUAAUGUAGAAAUACAGCUGUCAUGCAUAUCAUGAAUCCAUCUAUACGCAGAUUCAGCAAUAAUGAAAUAUUCAAGAUAUCACUCUGCCAUUUAAUUUUGUCUUUUAAAAAAGUUUGUCAAGUUAUUUUUACCUUGUUUGUUAACUUUAAUGGUAUGCAUUCAUAAUCUCAACACAGACAAUAAUAGGCAUUGUAAAGGAUUGUUCACCCCCCAAAAAAUGACAUUUCUGUCAUCAUUUACUCAUCCUCAGAAAACAUGUUACAAACCAGGCCCGGCUCCACAUAUGAGAUGAAAGAUGGGCCAAGUGAUAUUCCAGGUGGGCCGGUCAGAUUGGGGGGGUCUUUAAUGCUUUAAUCUCUUUUUUUUGUCCAAAAAAUGUCUAUAGUUUUAAUAUUGUAUAUUUAAGAUAAUUGUUAGGUUGUUUGUUAUUGUUGUGUUUGUGUUUCCUUCUUUUUUUAAAUAUUUUUUGUACAUAUUUUGGAACUAUUAACUAACUUUAUUUAUAUCAAAUGGUUAACAUGUUUAUUUUUACAUUCUCUCUUUUUACGUUUGUAAUAUUUUUUGACCCCUUGACAGAUCUUGUAUUAAUUAAGUACCUUUAGAUUUGAUAAAAAGGGACAGUUCCUUUAAAAUAACUAUUUACAUAAACUAAAACAAAAUUUUUACAAACUAAAAAUGUAAUUUUUUUUUAAAUGCUGUUUUUUUAUUAUUCUCACGUCUGUUAAUAUAGUAUAACAUUACAGAUUUUUGGCCAAAAUAUUGGCUGUUAUGUGGUGUGGGACCAGGGUGGGCCAAGCCUCUGAUUGGGUGGGCCAGGCCCACCCUGGCCCCCCUUAAAGCCUGGCCUGUUACAAACCUGUAACCAUUUUAGUUCUGCUGAACACAAACAAAGAUAUUUUCAACAAUGAUUGUUACCAAACAGUUUUGGACCAUCACUGACUUCCAUAGUAUUUUUUCCUACUAUGAAGGUCAAUGCUGCUCUUGCUUGAUGCAAAUAAGUCUUUACCAGAUCAAGGGGUGAGUAAAUGAUGACAGAAUUUUCAUUUUUGGGUGAACUAUCACUUUAAAGGAGUCUAUGAGAAAUCUGGCUCUAAUUGUUUACAUUUCUCCUUUUAUUAGCAUAUAUAUAUAUAUAUAUAUAUAUAUAUAUAUAUA